UGUGGCUGGUUAUUUGGGAAGAAGAAGAAUUGGUUUAAAAUAUUUGCGACUUUUCGCGGUUUUUGAUUAUUUUAAUAUUUUGGAUGGGUGUCAAGGAGCUAUGGACUGUUUUAACUCCUCACUGCGAGCGGAAGCCUAUAAAUGAGCUGCGAGGCAAAAAGGUGGCUAUCGAUCUGGCCGGAUGGGUGUGCGAAUCGCUUAAUGUGGUUGAUUAUUUUGUCCAUCCAAGGCAUCACCUAAAGAAUCUCUUCUUUCGAACAUGCUACUUAAUUUGGGAACAGGUUACUCCUGUCUUUGUCUUGGAAGGAGUUGCUCCAAAACUAAAAAGUCAGGUGAUAGCCAAAAGAAAUGAAUUGCAAUUUCGGGGCGUAAAACCCAAGGAUGCGGCUACAGGCUCUCAAACCCAAGGCCAAGCUCCCAAGGCAGACAAAGGACGCACCCGUUUCAACCACGUUCUUAAGCAAUGCGAGAAUCUCUUACUUUCUAUGGGCAUCCAGUGCGUCCAAGGUCCAGGAGAGGCAGAGGCGUACUGUGCCUUUCUAAACAAGCAUGGGUUAGUAGAUGGCGUCAUCAGUCAGGACUCCGAUUGCUUUGCCUACGGAGCUGUGCGUGUCUAUCGCAACUUCUCGGUGUCUACCCAGGGAGCUCAGGCGGCCGCUGGUGGAGCUGUGGACAUCUAUGACAUGCGGGAGAUCACCACUCGCAUGGACUUUGGCCAGCACAAGAUUAUUGUAAUGGCUUUGCUCUGUGGUUGCGAUUACUGUCCUGAUGGAAUCGGAGGCAUUGGUAGGGAUGGAGUCCUAAAACUGUUCAACAAGUACAAGGAGACAGAGAUUCUGGACAAAAUGCGAAACUGGCGCCAAGAGACAAAUAAAUACAAUGCCCUGGAGAUUCGAGUAGACGACAAGUCUAUAUGCAGCAAUUGUGGACAUAUUGGCAAGACCCAGAGCCAUACCAAGAGCGGAUGCAGUGUCUGUCGCACCCAUCGAGGCUGUGACGAAAGCCUUUGGAAGGAGCAGCGGCUAUCUAUUAAAGCAGAGUUAUCUCUCAGAAGAAAGGCCCUGGUAGAUUCCAGUUUUCCCAACGAGGAGAUCAUAGCUGAAUUUCUAAGCGAGCCUUCCACUAUUCCAAAUCUGAAUCUGAAUUGGCGGCAACCGAAUCUUGUCAAGUUCAUUAAGCAAAUAGGCCACCUUCUGCAGUGGCCCGAAAUAUAUUGCUUCCAGAAGUUCUUCCCCAUACUAACACGGUGGCAAGUGCAGCAAUCUAAACAAGAAAAGAUCCUUAUCCAGCCUUUGGAGAUCAUAAAGAAGCGAACGGUCAAAGGAGUGCCCAGCUUAGAGUUGAAAUGGCACGAUCCAAGCGGUAGCUUCAAAGGUCUCAUUCCCGACGACCAAAUAUCUGAGUUUGAACUCGAGCAUCCCAAAGGUAUUGAAGAACUUUACUAUACCAUAGAGCCAUUGGAAAUGUUGGAGCAAGCCUAUCCAGACUUGGUAGCCGCAUUCAUAAAGUCUAAAGAGAAACCUCCCAAGAAGGCAUCCAGGAAGAAGGCAACUGCCCAAAAUGAAGAGGAAAAAGAGAACGAAGCAAAGACAAAACCCAAGAGAGUGCCCAAAAAGAAAAAGACUCCAGCGGAACAGAAUCAACCUCUGUUACAGCAGUUCCUAAGACGAGAGAAAAUUGAUACUCCCGUCAAGAGUUCUCCACCGCAACGCCAGCAAUGUUCGACUCCCAUAACCAAGUUCCUGCCCUCCGACCUCGAAAGCGACUGCGAUGCAGACGAGUUCGACAUGUCUGAUAUAGUGAAUGGUAUCAUUUCGAACCCCAAUGCAAAGCCUGCGCUCACACAGCACGAAGGACAUCAGUUGCACUACGAACCCAUGGCCGAGGACUUGAGCUUGCGGCUGGCGCAGAUGAGUUUGCAGGCGGAGGAAGAGCUUCCAAACACCGACAAUAAAAGGGAUUUAUCGCAACUGGAAGAACUUCCGAAAAGCAAGCGUUUUUCGAUGGAAGAUAGCUUCGACCUCCUGGUUAAAGGAGGCUUUCAAAAGAUUUCAAAUCCACCGCAAGCUGUGCGGACACCAGUGGACCGUUUCAAGCAGCAGCACCGCCUCAGUGGAAUUCCCUCGCCAGCUAAGCCUUUACCUAGAAUGAGUUUCUUUUUUAAUCAAAGCACUGAAAAUGCGGAUGCAUUCGAGCAGUUGAUGAACGACAGUUUGGUGCCAAAAGAUCCAGAAGAAGAAGAAGAGGAUGAUAAUAAAGGUGAAGAUGACGUGGUGGUCAUCAGUGAUUGAACUUAAAAUUAAUAAUUUUGCGAUUUAUUCGCUCUUCACAAU